AUGACUUCGAAAAAGCGCGAUGCCUCGUCAUGGGGUGUCGGGGUCGACGAUUCUGAAGGGCCGGCAUCGACAUCCACCAUCAGCGAUCCGGUUUCCUCGCAGCACACGAGCGCGCCGCCUCAACCUCGACCGAGUCCUCACAAGUCGUUCAUAGGGCCCUCUCCUGGCUCCGGAGGCGCCGGUCGUGAUGACCCCGUCUACUCACAGGCACCUAUCGGAGGGGACUAUCAAGGAGGCCAGCCCAAGAGCCGAGUCAAUGACCCAGUGUAUGGUCAGCCUGUCGAGGCAGAGGCCAAGCCUCGUCAAACAGCAACUCAGCAGGGUAAUGGAAAAGGACAGGUAGAUGCGGCGAACGACCCGGUUUAUUCGCAGCCUCAAGCGUCGAAGGCUACGGUCAAUGAUCCCGUGUACGCACAACCGCAACCCGCACCGGCUGCCUCGGGCUCAGCAGAUCCAGGCCCAGGACAAGGGAAGAUCUCAGCGGCCGACGACCCUGUCUACUCACAAUCCGCCAGCGGCAGCGGCGGUCCACAGACAAAGACCGUCGCCGAUCCCGUGUACGGACAACAGGUGCCACCUCCAUCCACGCCUGGUCAGCGCACUCCCGGUCUAGGGAAAGGCAACAUCCCCCCAGCAGACGACCCGGUAUAUUCGCAAUCGACGUCCAGCGCCUCGAGCCGGCUCUCGCAGCUGACCUCGCAAAUCUCUCCACCGCAAAGCGAAAGCAGUGGGCCACAGUCCCAACCCAACACCAAACGGGCGCGCAAGCCCCAGAAGAAGAAGAAGAGCUCCGACCCGUCGUCGUCGCUGCCGGACGACUACAGCGACAUCCUCGGCCACCUAUCGACGCUCCGCGGCAUCGCGCAGACGCCGGACCUCACGUCACGAGGCUACCAGCGGCAAAAGACCAGCGGCAAGCUGUGGUCGCGCGAACGCAUCGCGCAGCUCCUCGACCCGGACACGUGGCGCGAGUUCGGGUCCGUGACGGGCACGGUCGAGUGGGAAAAGGACGCGACCAACCCGCAAACCGAGCACGUGCGGGCCUUCACGCCCAGCAACAACCCGCAGGGGUUCGGGCGGGUGACGGACCCGGUCACGGGGCAGACGCGCGCCAUCUACCUGACGAGCGACGACUUCAGCAUCCGUAGCGGUCACGCGGACGGGUCGGUGGCGAUCAAGACGCUGUACGGCGAGAAGCUGGCCCUCCGACUCAAGGUGCCCGUGGUCAAGCUGGUCGACGGCUCCUCCGGCGGCGGCAGCGUCAGCACCAUCAUGACCAACGCCUACAGCUACAUCCCGCACGUGACCACCCUCCGGCCCGUCGUGCAGCAGCUCAACAUGGGCAUCCCGAACAUAGGCGCGGUGCUGGGCCCCGCGAUCGGCCUGGGCGCCGCGCGCGUCGUGAGCACCCACUUCAGCGUCAUGGCCGGCGACAUUGGGAGCUUGUUCAACGCCGGGCCCAAGGUCGUCGAGGGCGCCACGUUCGAGGAAGGCCUGUCCUUCGCCGACCUCGGCGGGCCGGACGUGCACUGCCGCAACGGCACCAUCGACAACCUGGCGCCCAACGAGGCCGGGUGUUUCCGCCAGAUCCGCACCGUGCUGGGUUAUCUGCCGAACUGUGGCCAGUUCGAGCCGCCGCCCUGUGUGCUGCCCUGCGCGGAUCCCGUCGACCGCGAGGACCUCGCGCUGCGGUCCAUCGUCCCGCGCAAGAAGUCCAGGAUGUACAAUCCGUACACGAUCAUCGAGUCCGUCGUCGACCGGGGCUCGUGGUUCGAGAUCGGCGCCCUCUGGGGACGCACCGGCAUCACGGGUCUCGCGAGGCUGGGCGGUCGGCCCGUCGGCAUCCUGAGCCUCAACUGCGAGGUCAACAGCGGCGCCUUGGACGCCAUGGGGAGCCAGAAGUUGAUGAAGAUGUUGAAGUUCUGCGACGUGUUCAAUCUGCCCGUCGUGCAGUUUGUCGAUGUUCCCGGCUAUGCUAUUGGCACCGUCGCCGAACGCACGGCCACCAUGAAAUGGGGCGUCGAACUAGGCAAGGCGUACUACAGCACCACGACUCCCAUCUUCAGCGUCAUCACCCGGCGCGUGUACGGCGUGGCCGGCGGGAUUAUGCUCGAUAGCCGCGAGCCGUGGAUGCGCAUCGCUUGGCCGUCGGGCAACUGGGGCUCGUUGCCUCUGGAUGGGGGCAUCGAAGUCGGGCAUCGCCAUGAGCUGAAGCAGAUCGGGGAGAAGGAAGGGCCCGAGGCCGUCAAGAGACGGUACAAAGAGUUGGAAGACGAGUAUAUCCGGUUGAUGAACCCCGUGAGGACCGCCACAGUCUUCAAUGUCGAGGAGAUUGUCGACCCAAAGGACACGCGGAGCAUUUGCUGCCGCUGGGUGAAGCACAUGUACGGCCUGCCGAUGAAGGAGAGGUUGGCGGAUCGGGCGAGUGGGAAGAUCCAUGCUGUCUUUACCUGA